AUGGCCAGCAAAACCACUCCUACCACCACGGACCAGAACCUCCAAUUCAUACUCUCCGUCAAAGUCUGGAUCCCAGCAUCCAAGCAAUCCGAAUUCUUCUCACUAUUCAAACCCGUCUAUGACGCCUGCGUUGCCGAAGAGGAAUGUCUGUUCUUCGUGGUCGGUGAACCAGAAGACGCCGGCGACGGCAACAUCAGCAUCAGCUGGACCGAAGGCUGGACCAAACCUGUGGAGUGGUUCAUGACGGUGCAGAUGAAGAGAGAUUACUACGAGCCGUAUAUGAGUACGACCGAGGCCAUGUUUACGAAGCCACGGUGGUUUGAGAUUCUGAAGCCAAAGGAUGGUUACACAGCUUUUAAGUUGCAAUCGCAAUCGCAAUAG